AUGGCUAACAGCGAGCCUGAAAAUAGGUGCGCUUCGUCCCAUAGCAAACCCGGAGACGAGAAGGAGCCAGGAUCGCCAACGCAAGACCAACGCAGGCAGCGCAGCAGAUCACCUCGGCGCGACAGGGACAGGGACAGACAAGGUGAUCGACCACGUCGGAAGGACGCAGGAUUCAAAUGGAAAGAUAGACGCAGGGACCAUGAUAGGGACCGAGAUGGUCGCCGAGAUCGAGAUCGAGACCGAGACCGAGACUCUGGCUUGCAACGAGGCUACAGAGACCACUACCGUCCUCGAUCAAGGUCGCGAUCGCCUCCUCCCCGCCGCCGGUCACCGAGACGGUAUGAUAAUGACAAUGAACGAGAGGACAAGGGACUUUCUAAUGUCCUUGACGCAAAAGGCGGCGCAGAUAGGAAUUCUAAAAAUGAAAAGGAGAGGAAGGAGAAGAAACCAGCAGCAGCACCACCGCAGGCUGUAACACAACCCAUGAUUAUCGUCUACGUCAACGACAGACUAGGCACCAAAAAGGCAAUCCCUUGCUAUCCUACUGACCCAAUAAAGGAUUUCAAAGUCAUUGUCGCAUCAAUGAUCGGACGACAACCACAUGAGAUCUUGCUCAAGAGACAGGGAGAGCGGCCGUUCAAGGAUCAACUCACGCUGCAAGACUACGGUGUCAGCAAUAAUGUACAGCUGGAUCUCGAGGUUGACACGGGCGAUUAG